AUGCCUUCCCCCACGGAUAUCGCACACCAAUUUGACUCAAUUGAGGACACAAUUGCAGCAUUCAAGAAUGGCGAAUUCAUCAUUGUGCUCGAUUCGCAAGACCGCGAGAAUGAAGGCGACCUAAUUAUCGCCGCCGAGUCUAUCACAGCGGCCCAGAUGGCCUUCCUGGUGCGCUAUACGAGCGGUUUAAUAUGCGCCCCCAUCACCCCGGAACUCGCCACCCGCCUGGCCCUCCCCCAAAUGGUCAUCGAGAACGCGGAUCCCAAGUGCACCGCCUACACGAUCACAAUCGACUCUAGCGAUGACUCUGUCACAACAGGUAUCUCCGCCGAAGACCGCGCACUGACAUGCCGCACGCUCGCGUCGCCCACCGCUCAGAUCGACUCUUUCCGCCGGCCGGGCCAUAUCAUCCCGUUGCAGGCGCGGCCUGGCGGUGUGCGCGAGCGAACGGGCCACACCGAGGCCGCGGUGGAUUUCUGUAAGCUGGCUGGCAAGGCACCAGCUGGUGUCAUUGCCGAGCUUGUUGAGGAGGGUGAGACUGUUGAGGGUGUGCCCGAGGUUGGGGGUAAUAAUGGUAUGAUGCGCCGUGAUGGAUGUUUGCGGUUUGGAAAGAAGUGGGGUAUUAAGGUGUGUACUAUUGAGGAUUUGGUGGCGUACUUGGAGCGCACUGAGGGUACUGGGGCUGCUACGAAUGGAAAGCAUUGA